AUGGAUAAAAGUUGGAUGAAAGCUUCUCGAUUGAGUACAGAAUAUGAAGUCGGAGUUAGAGAAUUUAUAGAGUUUGCAAAACGUUAUCUUCCAAAUAAUGAUGCAACGUUUUGGUGUCCUUGUAAGAAGUGUUGUAAUCUAAAACUAUUAAGUGCCAAGGACAUAUAUGAUCAUCUAAUUUGUGAUGGAAUUAAUCUAAAUUAUACAAAAUGGAUAUGGCACGGUGAAGGAGGAAGAGAAACUAGUACAUCUAACAUGUAUGUUGACAACGAAGCAAAUGAAGAUGAUGAGUCUGAAGAUAGGUUGGACGAAAUGUUCCGUGAUGUUGGAGAAGAGUUCACAAAUCGAUCAAAUGAGUUGGAUGAAUUAUUAAAUGAUUCAAAACAGCCUUUAUGGCCCGGGUGUAGUAAAUAUACUCGCUUAUCUGCUGUUUUGAAAUUAUUCAACUUAAAAGCUGGGAAUGGAUGGAGCGACAAGAGUUUUACUGCUUUACUUGAUUUAAUAAACGAUAUGCUCCUAGAAGAUAAUGGACUCCCGAAGAGUACAUAUGAUGCAAAGAAGAUUAUGUGUCCCAUGGGUAUGGAGUAUGAAAAGAUACAUGCUUGUCCUAACGAUUGCAUAUUGUUUAGGAAUGAUUACAAAGAAUUGAAUGCAUGUCCGAUCUGUGGGGCAUCUCGGUACAAAAUAAGAGAGCAUGUUGUUGGUAAGGCAAGUUCGAAAGGGCCACCAGCUAAAGUUAUGUGGUAUCUCCCAAUUCUUCCAAGAUUUAAGCGUAUGUUUGCAAAUCUCAAUCUUGAACUUUGA